CAGUGUUAUGUUGUUAGCAGUGUGUUGCAAUUUUUGUGCGUUGAAAUUUUGGCAGCGAAGAUGAGAACCUUUGAGGUCUUCGCGGUUCUCGCCCUCGAAGUCGGCCUGAGCGUCGUGCAUCCACAGUGCAUCAGCGGGAACGACUCCUUUCCCUCCCCGACCAGCCCUAACCUCGAAAUAUUCAUAGGCUUCAACAUGAAACUCUUCGCCGAGGUCCUCCCUCAGCAGGGGAACUUCGUCUUCUCUCCUUACACCGUCUGGAGGAGCCUUCUGCUGGCUUACUUCGGUUCGCAGGGCAAGACGCUGAAGGAGCUCGCGUGGGCGUUGCCGGCCUAUGACAAGACGGAGACUCUGGCCAUCUUCAAGGCGACGACUCUGAUGUACGAGGGCCCCGACGCCUUCGAAUCUCUCUUCGCCACGAGCAGCCGCCUCUACCUGGACGAUGGCAUCCCCGUCAGGGACUGUGUUUUCGACCUUCUCAAGGAAAACAUCACGCUGGUGGAGUUUGAUCAGCCGAAGUUGGCAGCCAAGAGGAUCAACUCCGCCGUCGGGGAGGACACGCGUCACAUGGUCCGGGAGUUGGUCUCGGCGAGCGACCUGCGGAGCAAGCAAGCCGUGUCGGUGAGCGCCGCCUUCUUCAAGGGCGCCUGGGAGCAGCCCUUCCGCCCCGAGAACACGACCCACGAGAAGUUCUUCACCGAGAAUGACGUCUACGUCACGCUGGACAUGAUGCACCAUAUCGGCCACUUCAGAAAGACGCACUCCAAGAGCUUGAACGCCUCCGUCCUCGAGUUGCCCUUCCUCGGCGAGUCGGCCUCCAUGCUCGUCGUUCUCCCGGACAAGAAGGACAUUCGCAUCGACCUGAAACUUGUCUUGAGCAAGCUGGAGAGGUCGAGGAAGUCCGUGUUCUUCGUGUCGGCCAAGCGGAGGACGAAGGUGUCGGUCAAGCUGCCCAGGUUCACCAUUGAGGCCACGGUCACGGAGAGCCUCACACAGGCUCUCAGGCGCUUGAAUAUUAGCGACCUCUUCUCCGAGAACGCUAACCUGUCCUCUUACAUCGACGUACACCGUAAGGAAGAAAAUGGAAUAGGCGGAGGAAUAGGAGGAGCAGAAAGAGGAGGAAAACGUAUAGGAGAGAGAGGAAAAGGAGAAAGCGGAAUAACCAAAGCACGCGUGAGCGCCAUCUUUGAGAAAGCCGUGGUAGUGAUUGACGAGGGAGGUCUCUCGCCGGAGCUGGAGGGCAACCCCAACCCGGCGGGUAGGGUCAUCCGCCGCACCAAGCUGUUCGAGUGCGACCGCCCCUUCGCCUUCUUCAUCGUCGGGAACAAGAACAAGGCCAUCCUCUUCAUGGGCGUGUACAGAGGCCCGACGGAAGACUUGAUAAGGGGCAUAGAUCCGAUUCACUACAAGAAGAGUAAGACCUACUGAUAGCGAUUUUCGUGUCAUAUUUCAGUAUUCUUAGCCAGACCUUGUUGGCUUGGUCAUCAUAAUCUAUGAACAAUUCAUUAGCGAAAUUAAUAAAUAAGGUUAAUAACA